GCUGCGCCGGUCCUUUCAGAACGAGUGACCGCCUCCAGCGAGCCCUGACUCCGCCUUCCUCAGGGCUGCGUGUCGCUGAGCGGAGAGAGGCAGCGGCAGUGCGAGCUGCUCCGCGCGUCAGUGAGGGAGACAGACACCGUUCCUGCAUAUGCGGCCACCGGCACCUCACUGAAACACACCGACCAUGGACCUAUUCGAGUUUGACUUCUUCAGGGACUGGGAGCUGGAGCAACAGUGUCAUUACGAGCAGGACCGCUCGGCACUGAAGAAGAAGGAGUGGGAGCGAAGGACACAGGAAGUGCAGCAAGAUGAAGACUUGUUCUCUACCGGAUUUAAUCUGUUUGGUGAGCCGUACAAGACUAACAAAGGAGAUGCCCUGGCCAACAGGGUCCAAAACACUCUUGGAAAUUACGAUGAAAUGAAGGAGCUCCUGACUAGCCAUUCUAACCAGAGUCACCUUGUGGGCAUUCCUAAGAACUCUGUUCCCCAAACUCCAGUGGAGAAACCCGACCAGCCAGGCUUUUUCCCUGAGGCUCAGCGGAGCCGAACUGCUCCCUCCCAACCUGGAAGUCAAAGCACCUCCAUGCCCCCACCACCUGCCAACACCAUGCCAGGCUCUAGCAUUGUACAUGGACAUCAAGGCAAAAAGUCUCGGUCUUCAGACUGGUCCCGAGGGGGUCACGGUUCAAGUGGUGCCCAGACCGCUCAAGCGGUCAACCGGGGGAAGCACUCCAAUCAUGAGCAGACCUCUAGUAGACAUGAUCAGGACCAAGAGGACUCGAGUCCCAAUCCUAGCGGACCUACAACUUCGUCACACUCCAACAGGAAGCAGGCCCAGUCCAAAGUACCAGCCACAGCUGAGCUUGGCCUUGGAAAGUCUCCCACCGAGCAGGACUUGUGCUCCCAUGGCUCAAACUCACCAGUGGCCUCUACGUCCCUGCUCCCUAGCGGCCUCUCAACACCGACUUUCCCCCAAGGCCUCCACUGCAAGCCUAGCAACGCUGUGCAGCAGAAACCUACUGCCUACGUCAGGCCCAUGGAUGGCCAAGACCAGGUCCCAAAUGAUUCCCCAGAGCUCAAACCCCCUGUGGAGCUGGUGGAAGUGUACAACAGUGUGCCAUUCGGAGGUCUGCUGGAUACCAAAAGCAGCACGGCUGGGACCAAGAGCAAAAUUCCCAAGCUGACACUGCCACAAUCUGGAGAGGUCAGCCUGCCCAACGACUCCAACUGUGUGGAGGAAAUUCUGCGGGAGAUGACCCACUCCUGGCCUCCACCUCUCACUGCCAUCCACACACCAGGCAAAGCUGAACAAACCAAGUUUCCCAUCCCUUCAAAGGAUUCCCAGCAUGUGACCUCAGGAUACAAUGGAAAACGCUGCAAUGUUUCCAGUAACAAGCCUGCAACCAAGUCGGUACCACAGAAGUCAAUGCUCGAGGAUGACCUGAAAAUCAGCAGUGAUGAAGAGGACAAUGAACAGGCCUCUGAGAAGCCCAAGCCCAGGAGCGCUCCUCUCAAUCUCCCUGGAACCACACCGCGGACCAGUGAACCAACCGGUCACUCCAGCGGUGCCUCGGGCAGCUCCAGCGAAUCGGAGAGCAGCUCAGAGUCCGACUCGGACAGUGAGAGCAGUUCCAGUGACAGUGAGUGCAACCGAGCAUCCCGCGCUGCCACACCAGAGCCUGAGCCUCCAUCAACAAACAAGUGGCAACUAGAUAAGUGGCUAAACAAAGUUAAUCCUCACAAUAAAGCACUAAUUAGCACCCAGUCAGACAGUCAUGGGCUUAACAUCUCUCAACCUGAUAAAGGCCAAGCCUCAGACAACCAGAGCUCCAGCAAGAGCAAGUCCACCACAGCACUGGCACCAGCAGAACCCAAGGAGAGAACAUUGCUCAGUCCUAUCCGAGAGAAAGCCAAACCCAAGACUGGUCAGAAGGCUCCGGACAGCAAAAGCACCAAGGUAAAAUCACCAGCCUCAGUGGAGCUUGCUCCCCCCAGGAGAAGCACUGGAAAGAAGCAGCCCAAAAAGGUGGAGCGAUCUUCCAGCGGCGAGGAGCACAACUGGCCAAGACCAGGAAACUCAAGUUCUACCCCAAAAGAGAAAGAGCCCCCGCCUUUAGAACUGCCAAAACCUAGAGGCAAGGGCCCUGGGGUCAAGACGGCUCCAAGAAAGGAACCUCGGACCACCACAACAAACACUGCACCAACGAAUAUCACACCGGUCCAGGAUAAAAAGAAGCACAGAGGACCAAACAAGAUCAUACCCAAGUCUAAGGAGUUCAUCGAGACAGAGUCUUCUUCAUCCGAGUGUCAUUCGGAUCCUGAAGAGCUCACCAAGGUCCAGCUUCCCUGUCCCGGUCCCAACACCCUAAACCUAAAAUCCAAGGAUUGCAAUAGCAAUAUCCUGAGUGUAAGCAGCCUUACCAGCACAAGCAGCACCUCUAUUCCUGAUCCAGGUGCCUCGGAUCUCCUGGAAGAGCCCUUCUUUUCGCCCAUCCCUAUUGUACAAAAUGAACUAUUGUCACCACUAAGAGAUUUUGAGGACAUCAAGUCCCUUUGGGUUAAGAUUGAACUCAGCUUCCUAUCACGGAUCCCAGGGCAAGACCCCCCGGAGCCUCCCUCAACAAAGGUAGAGUGUCGGGAGAUCAGUGUCAAGCACAGACGGCAACAGUCACCUGCCUCUAUCCCUGCAGAAAAGAACCCUAGCAAAUCCAAGAGGAAACACAAGUCUGAGCACUGUGAUGUGAUGAGUGGAGGCAAAAAGCUUCGGAUGGACAAAGACGCACUUCUGCUUCCUCCUUGUAUCUCGCCCAUACACAACCACAAGGUCUCCGGCACAAAAGAUUCUUUAAAGAAGCAACCCCGCAAGCGGGAGGAUAAGCUGUUGCCGCCUCUGCUGUCGCCGCUGUCCGAUGAGCCUGUGGGCCGCCCACGGAGAACCAGCGAAUGCAGCUCCCUCAGUCAGGACGGAAACACCUCCACCGUCCCAAACCCCCUCCCCUCCACCCGCACAAUACCUGCCUCCACCUCUUCAUCAUCGUCCUCAUCACACAAACACCGCAAAGGAGAGAGCAAAUCCUUCUCCCAUUCCAAGACCAGCGCUGAGGAAGACAGUCACAGCAAGCCUUCCGGCGGUUUUCACAGCAAUGGUCAGUCGGAGCCAAACCUCUGGUCAAACACUUCAGCCCUGUCCACAGAGCACAUGGAGCCCAGGAGACCUAAACUCACAUUUAAUAACACUGUUCAUAAUGCAGAUUACUACAUGCAGGAGGCCAAGAAGUUGAAGCACAAGGCAGAUGCUUUGAUGGACAAGUUCGGAAAAGCUGUGAAUUACGCAGACGGGGCGCUCUCGUUUAUCGAAUGUGGCAAUGCCAUGGAACGGGACCCGUUAGAGGCCAAGUCACCAUACACAAUGUAUUCAGAAACCGUUGAGCUCAUCAGGUACGCAAUGAGAUUAAAGAACUUUACCAGUCAUUCCGCCACAAUAGCUGAGAAGAAGCUCGCUGUGCUGUGCAAUCGUUGUUUGUCACUUCUAUACUUGCGAAUGUUCAAGCUCAAGAAGGAUCAUGCCAUGAAGUAUUCCCGCUCACUAAUGGAGUAUUUCAAGAAUUCUGCAAAAAGUUCCCAAGCACCUUCGCCGUGGGGAGCCAAUGGAAAGAGCACAGGUACCCCAUCUCCAAUGUCCCUGAGUCCAUCUCCUGUCAGUUCAGUCAGCAGCAGCACUGGAAUGAUGGGCUCUUCCUCCGCCUCUGGAAGUGUGGCCAUUCCCCAACGCAUCCACCACAUGGCAGCCAGUCAUGUCAACAUCACCAACAACAUCCUGCGCAGCUAUGAACACUGGGAAACCGCUGACAAGCUGGCCCAGGAAAGUCAAGAGUUCUUUCUGGAGCUGGACUCAGUGAUGGAACCGUUGACGCAGCACAGCAGCAUGACAGAACUGGUGCGCUACAUACGCCAAGGACUGCACUGGCUUCAGCUGGAAGCCAAUUUGUUAUAGUGCUGGCUCUUCCACUGUGCUCUUCCUUUCUCUCUGUCAUACUCUCUCUCACUCUCUCCCACCGUUCAUCUCUACCUCCACCAUCUUUGCCAUCUACCACCCUCCGGAACCCUGAGGGAAGUCGUCAGUUAACUACUAGCGAGCCUCAGAACUGUGAGUUAUUCCCUGGAGGGAGCCAUGUCCUCGUUCCAGCUUGAUUCCCGUUGAGUGCGUCAGGAAAGUCUUAAGAUGUCGUAGAAGGCGGACCUGGAAGGACGGAGCGCUGCUGCAUCACAUCACAGCACUACGGGAGGCUACAUUUAUGCAUCUGUUACAAGAACAUGGUAGCAGCGGGCAAGUGAACAAUGUUGUUGAAGAAAAAUUCAGCUAGUGAUCUCUGUGAUGUGGGCCAGGCAAAUCUAUUUAGCUUUUUAAGGCAGGAGAGGCCAGAAACACACUUUACGCAAGUACACUAAGAUAAGUAUGAAUGUUUGAUCAACAUAUUACAAGCGCAAAAUUCACAUGAACAUUCGUAAAGUGUGAAACUGUGUGUGGCACAUAAGCAGUGAUAGAGUUACUUCAAAUGUCUGUGGGUCAGUGACAUUAAGUUUUGGUCCUGUAUAUUAAUUUACUCACAAAAUAGAUUUAAAAAAAACUAUUCAUACUUGAAGGGGCAUGUUUUAAUCAAAGUUCAUUUUAAAGCAUUAAGUCAGAUAUAUCAGGGUGAAAAAAUUAUUAUGAUUUAAUAAUGAAAAAAGUUUUUUUAUUUUUUA